AUGGGGUUACCCCUAAGCCUUUUUAAUGUGUCCAUUUCCAAGCUUUCAAAAGUAGUUCUGCUGUUCUUUUAUCUUGUGGUUGCGAACUCUUUAUACUCUUUGCAGCAGCAGCCAUCUUGCCAUGAUGUGGAGAGCUCUGCCUUGCUGCAAUUCAAGGAAAGCUUUGUCAUCAAGGCAUCUGCUUCGGGUUAUUUUGGGUCUUAUCCAAAGGUUUCAUCUUGGAAACUAGCUGAAGGAGAAACUUUCAACUGCUGCUCAUGGGACGGUGUCGAUUGUGAUGAGGAGACGGGUCAUGUGAUUGGCCUUGAUCUCAGCAGCAGUUGUCUCUACGGCUCUAUCAGUUCCAACAGCAGCCUCUUCAGUCUUGUUCAUCUACAGAGACUAAACCUCGCUGAUAAUGACUUCAAUUACUCUCUAAUUCCUACUAAAAUUAGGAAUUUGCCAAAGCUCACUUAUCUCAACCUCUCUGUGUCUGUCUUUUCUGGUCAAGUCCCAACGGAAGUUACACAGUUGUCCAAGUUGUCGUCGCUUGAUCUAUCUCUCAAUAUUGACCCAUUUUCUUGGGAAAAUUUGUUGAAACUUGAAGCAUCAACUAUGAAAAGCCUAGUUCGAAACUUCACUAGCCUAGAAGAACUUGAUCUUAGUCGUGUUGACAUAUCUUCAGGAGUAGCCAAUUACAUGGCAAAUUUGUCACUUUUGACAUCUCUCAACUUAACAAAUUGUGGCAUGUUUGGUGAAUUCCCCGCAAUAGUUUUCAGAUUACAAAACUUGAAAAUUCUUAGCAUGAGAUUCAACCAAGGUAUCACUGGCUAUCUGCCUGAAUUUAAUCGAAGUAGUCCUCUCAUGGUACUGGAACUGGCAGGAACAAGUUUUUCUGGAAUUCUACCUUCUUCAUUCGAAAAGCUUGAAUCCUUGAACAAGUUAGAUGUGAGUGAAUGCAACUUCUCAGGUAUGGUUCCCCUCUCACUUGGUAAUCUUAGGCAGCUCAGUAGUGGUCCCUAUUCUUGGCUUGGUAAGCAAACCAAACUUACUCAACAGCUCACUAAACUUGAUCUUUCCUAUAAUGGACUAAGUGGUACGAUCCCAUCUUGGCUAGCUAACCUUAGCAGACUAGAAUCUAUAGACCUUGGUAUAAAUAAACUGAGUAGUUCAAUCCCCAAGUCAUUCUUCACUCUUAGGCAUCUCAACACCCUUUAUCUAGAUGAAAAUGACUUGCGCGGUUCAGUCGAGAUUCUUAAGCUACAAAAUGUCACCCGUCUUCAACUAGCUGGUCCCAAGUUGGAAAUAUUGCUCACUGAAUCCAGAAUUGUGAAUGCGACUGUCCCAAACUUUACGCUUCUUAAAUUAGCAUUGUGCAACAUAAAAGAGUUCCCCAAUUUCCUAAGGUAUCAACAAAACUUGGAUUGGUUGGAUAUUUCUAGAAACAAAUUGCAUGGCCAAGUGCCGAAAUGGUUUUUGAACACAAGCAUAGAAACUCUGGGGUUUCUGGACCUGUCUGUAAACUUCCUUUCCGGCUUUGACCAUCAAAACUCUAUACUCCUUCCCUGGCUUAACCUAAAAGUUUUGAGGCUUUAUUCUAACAUGCUACAUGGACUUUUACCAAUACCUCGACCAAACAUCAUAUACUAUGGCAUUUCAGACAACAAGUUAGAUGGAGAAAUUUCACCAUCGAUUUGCAAUCUAAGUUCUCUUCAGUACCUUGAUUUGUUGAAUAAUAAGUUGAGUGGCAUGCUUCCUCGGUGUCUAGGAACCUUCAGUGAUGAUCUACGAGUUUUACGUCUUGGAAACAACUCCUUCCGUGGGUUUCUUCCCCAAGCAUACUCCAACACAAGCAAUCUGAGGAUGAUUGAUGUUAGUGAUAACAAAUUGCAAGGACAAUUGCCGAGAGGCGAAUUUCCAUGUGAAUACAUAUUUUAUGGGAAUGCCAUGAGAGGUGUCUCUUUAAACCAAUCCAAAUAUUUGACCACCUACACAUAUAUUCAAACCGGUGUUGGACAUGGACAGGCUUUCAUUUAUGAUUUCCAAACCACCAUAACAAAUAAAGGUGUGAGGAGAUACUACCCAAAGAUUCAAGAAGAUUUUACAUCCGUUGAUCUCUCAAGCAACAAAUUCAAAGGGAAUAUUUCUGAAUUCAUUGGGAACCUAAAGGGACUCCGAUCGCUCAAUGUUUCCAACAACACUCUCAGUGGUUGCAUCCCAUCAUCUUUGGGGAACUUAACACUGCUUGAAUCGUUGGACCUUUCACAAAACAAGCUCUCAGGGGAGAUCCCUCAACAACUCACCCACCUUACUUUCCUGGCCACACUCAAUAUCUCUCACAACAACCUUACAGGUCCUAUACCGCAAGGAACCCAACUUACUUCAUUCAACAUUACUUCGUAUGAGGGAAACCCAGGAUUGUGUGGGGAUCCAUUGCCAGAGAAAUGUGGAAAUCCUGAGGCCCCUCAACUGCCACCUUACUCUGUAGAAGAAGAUGAUUCAACCUUUGGAAUUGAAUUUGAAUGGAAAUUUGUUUUGGCGGGAUUUGGAAGUGGGUUGGUAAUCGGAGUGGUACUAGCAGACCUUUUGAUCACAAGGAGGCCGGAGUGGUUUAUUAAGAUUGUUGCAAUGGUCAAACCAAUGAUAAGGACGAUGUAG